UCUUCCGAAAUAAGGCCCAAGUGGAAGGGGCGUGGUCUCGGUUCUCUUCCGCCUCCCUCGCGGCAGUUUACGGUUGCCUAGUAACGCCAGGGCGCUUGCCAGUUACUGUCUUAUUCUACGGUGGUCCGUAAUUAUACGUGUGUUUUCGAUAUAGGAACACUCGCUCGCCACAACCGCUGCAAUGCAGAACGCUGGAGGUGCUGAGGGGGAGCAGCCCAGCGAAGAGGAGAGCUACGGAGAGCUGCAGGAUGGAGGUUACGAAGGAGCACAGGACAGUGGAGAGAGUGUCCCACCUGCUCAAGAGGGUGGUUCACAGGAUCAGUCAGGAACAGAGGAUGGUGAUCCGACGCCACAGCUUAACCUUGACUACAGUGAGCAAGAAAAUGUUUCUCAGCUGCCACUGAUACCUCACCUCUCAAACCUUGAUGCACCAGAUGAUAUGGAGUAUCAGGAGCUACUGCCAGAGGGGGAGGAGAAGGAAGAGUUAACUGUUCUUGACCCAGAACAUCCUCUGGUAAAAAGGCACCAAGCUGCUCUGACCAUCCAGCUCAAAAGGCGGCUGGAGAGGGUCAACCUUGCCCUGAAGGAAAAGCGGGCACUGGAGAAGGCAGAUGCCAGCCAUAUACAGGAGAUAGAAUUAGAGAAUUCUAGGCUUCACAAGCGGUUGGCUAGACUUCGGGCCAAGCUGGAGGAUCGUCAGCUAUCCAAGGAACAGGCUGAAGCCAAACAUCGGCAGGCACAGGAUCAGCUGCAGCAAAUGAAGAGCCAGUUCACCAGUAUGACUAGUCAGGACAGCAAAGUCAAAGCUGAAGUGUCCCAGCUGCAGGGUGAACUCGACAACCUGAAUCAGCAUCUCGUGUUCACACAAGGACUCAGUGAAGAUCUGCGCUCUAAUGUGAAAGCCAUGCAGAACGCCAGACACAAAGUGGGAGCUGAGAAGACCCAGGCCGAAGAGCAGAAAUUGAAGCAGGAUUUGUAUGUAGAGCGUCUAACGAAGGACUUGGAGAGGCUGAUGCAGCAGAUAGCUAUGUAUGACACCCAGACCAGCGCUCAAGCAAAGGAGACACAGGCAGCCAAAGAGGCUCUUUUUGAGGCUGAGAUGGAAAUGGAGUCUCUGGUAAUGGCACGUAAACAGCUGGUGCAGCAGUGGAGCAGCAGUCUAAUGGGAAUAGGGAGACGAGAUGAGGCCUUCAGCGCCAUGCAGGAGGCCUUGCGCACUGUCGAGCACCAGUUGAUCUUGCUGGACAAAGAGAUUGAAAGCUACAAGAAAUCCACCACUGAAGAACAGGAGCAAAAUGAAACAUUAACGAUGCAGUUGAAAGGGUCCCAGAUGGACUGUGCCACUUAUAAAAAGCUGAUCAGUGAGAAGCAGGCCCAGCAAGAGGCCCUGCAGGCCCACUUUAGCACCUGCCUCCGCACUCUGAAGGAGACAGAGCGCACUCUCACCAGGCUCUCUACGGAAACAAGCACGCACCAGGCUGAGGUGAACAAUCAGAGGAGGCAGUUGGAGAAAGAAAGUGCAGGGCGUUUGGAGUUGGAGGACAAGAUCAUGACCUACAUGCAGCAGAAGCUCACCCACAACAGGGCCGCCAAAUACUCCCAAAAGCUCACCAGCAAGACAGCCACACUCAAAAAGGAGAAGAUCUCUCAGUUGUGGCAGCUGGAGAACGAUAUAGCCGCGAUGACACUGGAGAGCAGCGAGGUCAGCCAGCGCCUGGACAGCCUAGCCAUCACCCAGGAGGCCCUCGAUGAGGAGGUUGCAAACUACAACAAGUUGCUGGCGUCCAACCAGGCCAAGAUUUCUUCCUUCAUUACCCUCAUCAAGCAGAAACAGUCCACUAUCACCAACUACAACAAACAGAUCUAUCAGAUCACAGCCAGCACUGGGCACGAGGAUCUGAGUCCUCUGCAAAUCAAGGCACAGGAGUUAAUGGAUCAGAUUGCACAGCUGGCAGUGAUUAUCAAGAGCGACCAGAGGCUCUGGAUGAAACGACUGGAGACUCAAGUGGGACUGACCCACGAGUUAGAAGCCAACCGCAAGAACAUGCUCAAACUGCAGACAGAGUACACUACCAUGCAGCAAAAGAAAAUGCUCUUGGAGAGUCAGAUUGAAGCUGAGCACCGUGAGAAGACAGACCUAGAAAAGAGUGUAAAGAUGCUGAAAGGAGACAGGGUGAAGCUCAACACCCUGCUGAGCAAGAAGGGACAGCUCAGUAUGGCACUAGAGCAGGAGAAUGCCCUGAUGGAGACAGAUUUCCUUCGCAGACUAAAGGAAGCAGAGAGGGAGUCGAUCGAGAUGCAGAUGAAAAAUGAGAAGAAGCAGAAGGAUAAAGAGAUGUACCUCAACUGUCUGGUGGAGGCUGAGAAGCAGAUCAUGCUGUGGCAGAAGAAGACCGAGCUUAUAAAAGAGACACGUUCAGUUGUGGACUCAGAGGUGAAGGGAGACAUCCAGGCGAUGAAGGCUGAGAUACACCGUAUGGAGGUGCGACUAAGCCGCAUAAUGAAGCAGUCGGAGAAGCUGCAGAGAGAGAGUGAAGCAACAGUUGCCAGACGGGAGACGCUUGUCCUGCGCAGGGAGGCCUUGCUCUUCGGCUCCCAGAAAAAGGUUACGAAGGGUGGGCCGAACCUCAAAUUACAGGGCCUGAAGCGCAAGAUUAAGAACACAAACACGCAUGUGGUAGAGUGGGAGCAGAAGAUCAGGGAAUUACAGGAAAGCAAGGUGAGUCUGAGCGACAGGCUGGCGCAGCAGAAGCAGCACCUGAUAGAACUGUGUGGCACCAGCUGCAACCUUGACCCUGACAUCGAAAACCUCCAGGACACCAAACACAGGAAAUUUAACCACCUAGUGACACUACAGAGCCGGUCCAAGAAGCUGCAGGAGGUGCGUCAGGGCAGCUACCAGGCCUUGUCCACCAGUCAAUCCAUCAGCGCUGCUCUGCAGCGCCAGAUGGAGCGUGUCCACGCUACCAGCACCAUCUUGCACCGCGUGGGUGAGGAGUUCCCCCAGCAUCAGGGAACCCUCCGCAGGGUGUCACAAGCACUUGCAGCACACACACAGGCCCUGGAACAGGAGAUACCCCAAGAGUGAAGGGAGAAUAUACUGUAGUGUGCUAUAGUGCAGCAGUGAGUACAGGAGAAGUGCUGAGUGGAAAUGGGAGUAAGAAUUAGUUGAUGGAAGUUGAGGGAAAGAUUAAUUGAGAGCUUGUGUUGACCUGAGAAGAAGGAGAGGUUAUUAUUUUAAUAUUAUUGUAAUGUUUAAUGUUAAUUUUUGGAUUGAAGUAUUGAUUGUUGAAACAGUGUAAUGAAUAAACAUUGAAUCACAAUAACUCAA